GAGGCACCUCAGGCUUCCACCCGCUCCUCCUCGUCGUCUUCCCCUGCUUUUGCAAAGGAAGAGAAAGCUGCUGCUGCCUCUACAUCACCGCCUACCGCAGAGGAGGAGGCUCCCUCCACUCUACAUCCCCGCCUCACCCUUCCAAUUCUCCACCGUGUCCCACCGAUCUCUUGCCCCGCUCAUGAACUCGAUCCGGGAGGAUACAUGACUGUUGCUACCCGACCUUGAUUUGGGAGAAAUCUACAUUUGAAUCAGUUGUGUCUGUGAGAGGGAGAACAAGCGAGAGUAGGAAAGCGAGUUUGUGAUUUUGGCCAUGGCGACUCCCGCGGCCGCGCAUCCCGGGGAACCCUCGGACCCCAAGCCAUCUUCAAAAAAGGAUUUUUCUACUGCUAUCUUGGAGCGCAAGAAGGCUCCUAAUCGUUUGAUUGUUGACGAAGCUGUGAACGAUGAUAACUCUGUGGUAGCAUUAAACAUGGAGACCAUGGAAAAGCUGCAGCUUUUUCGUGGAGACACUGUGCUGAUUAAGGGCAAGAAACGCAAGGACACUGUGUGUAUUGUGUUAGCUGAUGACACUUGUGAUGAACCUAAGAUACGGAUGAACAAGGUGGUGAGAGCCAAUCUUCGGGUUCGCCUAGGAGAUGUGGUGUCAGUUCACCAAUGUGCAGACGUGAAAUAUGGAAAACGUAUCCAUGUCCUUCCAUUUGAUGAUUCAAUUGAAGGAGUUACUGGAAACCUUUUCGACGCUUACUUGAAGCCAUACUUCCUGGAAGCUUACAGGCCAGUUCGCAAAGGUGAUUUAUUCCUGGUGCGGGGAGGUAUGAGGAGCGUGGAGUUUAAAGUUGUAGAAACAGACCCUGCAGAAUAUUGCAUUGUUGCGCCCGAUACUGAAAUCUUUUGCGAGGGCGAGCCUUUGAGGCGCGAGGACGAGGAAAGAUUAGAUGAAGUUGGUUAUGAUGAUGUGGGUGGAGUUCGCAAGCAGAUGGCGCAGAUCCGCGAGCUCGUAGAGUUGCCUCUACGACAUCCUCAACUCUUUAAGUCCAUUGGUGUAAAGCCUCCCAAGGGUAUUUUGUUGUUUGGUCCUCCUGGUUCAGGAAAGACAUUGAUCGCUAGGGCGGUAGCCAACGAAACCGGAGCUUUCUUUUUCCUUAUUAACGGUCCUGAGAUCAUGUCAAAGUUAGCUGGUGAGAGCGAGAGUAAUUUGAGAAAAGCUUUUGAGGAGGCAGAGAAAAAUGCGCCGUCCAUCAUUUUCAUUGAUGAAAUCGACUCUAUUGCACCGAAGAGGGAAAAGACUCAAGGCGAGGUGGAAAGGCGAAUUGUGUCCCAGUUGUUGACACUUAUGGAUGGCUUAAAGUCACGUGCCCAUGUCAUUGUCAUGGGAGCUACCAACCGUCCGAACAGUAUUGACCCCGCUCUACGUCGUUUUGGACGGUUUGAUCGUGAGAUCGAUAUCGGUGUUCCAGACGAAGUUGGCCGACUAGAGGUAGUUCGUAUCCAUACGAAGAACAUGAAGCUGGCCGAGGAUGUCAACCUGGAGAGGAUUGCUCAUGACACUCAUGGGUUUGUUGGAGCUGAUUUAGCUGCACUAUGUACAGAAGCAGCACUACAAUGUAUUCGUGAGAAGAUGGAUGUGAUAGACUUGGAAGAUGAAACAAUUGAUGCUGAAGUGCUUAAUUCUAUGGCUGUAACUAAUGAGCAUUUUCAGACUGCUCUUGGCAUCAGUAACCCCUCUGCACUUCGGGAAACCGUGGUGGAGGUGCCCAAUACCACCUGGGAAGACAUUGGAGGUCUGGAGAAUGUUAAGCGGGAGCUACAAGAGACUGUGCAAUAUCCAGUGGAGCAUCCUGAGAAGUUUGAGAAAUUUGGAAUGUCACCAUCAAAGGGAGUGUUGUUUUAUGGUCCACCUGGAUGUGGAAAGACGCUUCUUGCCAAGGCAAUUGCGAACGAGUGCCAAGCUAAUUUUAUCAGUGUGAAGGGACCAGAGUUGUUGACCAUGUGGUUUGGUGAGAGUGAAGCAAACGUGCGCGAUGUGUUUGAUAAGGCUCGCCAGUCAGCUCCUUGUGUCCUUUUCUUUGAUGAGCUGGACUCGAUCGCAAAUCAGCGUGGCAGUAGUCAAGGGGAUGCCGGUGGUGCAGCUGAUCGUGUCUUGAAUCAGUUGCUCACAGAGAUGGAUGGUAUGAAUGCUAAAAAAACGGUAUUCAUUAUUGGUGCGACGAACAGACCUGAUAUUAUUGAUUCCGCUCUUCUCCGACCUGGACGUUUGGAUCAACUUAUUUAUAUUCCACUACCAGAUGAAGCUUCUCGUUUGAGAAUCUUCCAGGCCGCUUUGAGAAAGUCGCCUAUAGCGAAAGAAGUGGAUUUGCAGGCUUUGGCGAAGUUUACACAAGGUUUUAGCGGUGCAGAUAUAACUGAAAUUUGCCAGCGUGCCUCCAAGUACGCUAUUCGUGAGGACAUUGAGAAGGACAUUGAAAGGGAGAAGAGAAGGGCUGAGAAUCCUGAAGCCAUGGAAGAAGACGAGGUGGAAGAAGUUGCACAAAUCAAAGCUCGUCAUUUCGAGGAAGCCAUGAAGUUUGCUCGCCGCAGUGUGAGCGAUGCUGACAUUCGCAAAUAUCAAGCAUUUGCCCAGACUCUUCAGCAAUCACGUGGGUUUGGGUCGGAGUUUCGAUUCGCAGAUCGCCCUGCCGCUGCCACUGGAGCACCCUAUGCCGCAGAAACCACUCCGGCAUUUGGUGGUGCUGCAGAUGACGAUGAUUUGUAUAACUAGAACUGUGAAUGUUUCAGUGACGGGCUGUAGGCCCUUGGUACACAUUUGUACACAGCUUCUUCUCUUCAUUCAAGUACUUGAAUGAGAAAAUUUUAUUCACCUUAGUUGGGUGUUGAAGUUUUUUCGCCAAUUAUUUUGGGCGGUGCUGACUUCUAAUCGAUGGACUCGUUUAAGAGAUUUUUAAGCCGAGUUCUCCUCCUAAAUUACUGUGGAUGGAAGUUGGCUUCCACGUUGGUGAUGCUAGUUACAGCAGUUGCUGCAACAGAUUUCGUCGUCUGUUCAAUCUGCUCGUUACUAUCUGCAGUUCAUCUCCUGGUCAACGUGUUUGGUGAGGUGGAAGUGUUGACAGUAAUCACUGGGCUGUUGGACUGCCCUAAGUUUUAAUUUCAAGCCAUUCCAACCAUUCAUAA